AGAUAGCUCAUAAUAUAAAGUAGAACAAAUUCAUUACAUAAAUAUAUAAGUGAUUAAAAGAUCAUUGCUAUUUAUUUCAUUUUAUUUUGUAUCACUUUUCUGAGUAAACAUUAUUUAUAUUCCAAUUUUCAGCCACUAAAUGCCAUGGUAAAGUACUUACUCAAGGGCAGGCAGGACUUGUUCCUGCACAGCUUAUUUUACAGCAGUCUGGUGGUCUGAAAAAUGUAGAGACUCAAUCCACAACAGAUACUGUAGGUAGGUUUUCAGGUGCUGUUGGUACUCCACAAAGUCCUAAUCUUCAAAUGGUUAGAACAGUUCUUUCACAACAAGCUGGACUUAAGGCAGGUCAAGCUACAAUCUUAAUUUCCCAGCCAGCGCUGCAGCAAGGGCAAGUGCUACCUCCUGGUCAUAUUGUUCAGAAUACUAGACCACAGGGAAAAACACAACAGCAAGGGAAGCCUUUAUUUGCUCGAAUAAUUAAUCCUGGAUCUGUGAAGCUUGCUGGAGGAGUUCAGGGAUUCUCAACACAAGGUCAGCUUAUCCAAACAGUUGGUCCUACAGGACAGACAAUUGCUGUGCAAAAUGAUGCAGCCCUUAGACAAACACUGAGUAAAUUUGUCACGGGCGCAAACUCUGGAAGCCCUGCUAAUGUCAUAUUUACAACAGUUGGGUCGUCUGUAACAGGUGUUACCCCUGGGUGUCCAGCAAAUGUUAUUCUUGGUUCCUCAGGAACAUCUAUCACAACAAGUCAACAAAUUCUAGCAGCAGCUGCAGCAGGUAAAGCUGCCCAAAUUAAAGAAUUAGAAAAAGACAAGAAAUCGUGAACUUCAUUUACUUCUGAUUAUAUGUUAUUGCCAUGUUCUGUUCUGUCUUUAAUUAAUUCCGAUUUAUCUGUCCUUAAGUGAAUUAAAUAUCAAAGCAUGAAUACAUUGUACAUGUAUUAGGCAGUUAGCUUGCAGUUAAGGGGCUUUUUUGACAUGAAUAUCAAAAUAUAAAUACAUUGUACAUGUAUUGGGCAGCUAGCUUGCAGAUAAGGGACUUUUCAGACAGGAAAGAUGACAUGCAGGACUUAAAUGUACGAUUAUCGUGUGGUAUAGAGCGUGUUUAUCAAUUAUUACCUUUCAACAUAUUGUAAAAUUUGUAAGUACUUAGAACUGAAAAAAUUAGUAAACUGUAGACAUGUUAUUAUAAGAAAAGGAAUAAUAGCUGAUGUAUAGCUGAACUAAAAAUAAAUGCUUUAUUGAAACUUUA